GAGAGGUGACAAAAUGGAGACCGCGUUGAGGAAAAAUCAGAUGAAAGCAACAAAAGAGAGAUUAAAAUUGGCAGACAAAUAAUAUUAUAUAAAAAAUAUUAACUACUGUCUGCUAAAGAUGGAUCCACUACCACAGCCGGCUAACAGAAAAGCUCUCCCAGCAAACAUCUAAGACUUUUCUCUCUCAGAACAUCUUCAGACAACUCACUUACCCAAUGCCUAUGUCCUUUAUUUGUCUCUUGUCUAACACUUUUUCCUCAUCUUUUCCUCCCUAUAUUACCCCCUCUUUCUGUUCCACUACGCCUUUAUCCCCAACAAAUUAAUUUCUUUGUGAGGAUUUGGGAGUUUUAAUUAACAAUUUCCAUGGAAUCCAACCAGCUUGAAGACUCCAAAAGCUCGAGUGAAGAUACUGAUCGAUCGGAGCAAAGCAACGAUGAUAUAGGCACUGGCCGGUCCUAUGACUGUGUGUUUUGCAAGAGAGGGUUCAACACAGCACAAGCUUUAGGAGGGCACAUGAAUAUCCACAGGAAAGAUAGAGCCAAGAGCAGGCCUAGUUCAGUUCCUAUAGUUUCAGGCAAAGUAGAUGAUGACUAUUACGCAAGCCUUAGGUCCUAUUCCUAUCCACCAAUCCAAAGCUAUCAGCCGUAUUACCCCAUAGCUCCUGAGGCACAUGUAAGUUAUCAAGCUUUUUUUCCAUCUUCUGGUUGGGGUUUUAGACCCCCACACACACACCACAGUGAUGAGUUGUUUGUGGACAAUUCACAGCAUAUGAAUCCAUAUGGGGAGGAGGAUUGGCCUAGGAGUCUUAGCUUGCGAAUUGGUCCAUCCCAUGUAGAUGAUCAUGAAAACAAGAAGACAGAUGGAAGUAGCCAAGAAGAUGAAUUAGACUUGGAGCUUCGAUUAGGUCAUGAUCCAUAAUAUUAUAUAUACAUAUAAUUAAAAACUUUCUCUACAUAUAAAGUAGUUGUGGAUAUUCUUUAUGAAGUACUAAAUAGCUUGGACGGUUAUAUUUUCCGAUGUGGGAAAAAGUUAAUGAGAUACAUCAAGUUGUUUCGUCCACAUUGAUAAAUGUAUUUGCGCUUAUUUUUAUGGCGAUUGUGACUGAGGAAGCAGAAUAUAAGAAGAAUAAUGAGCAGAAAGAAGAACAGGAAGAAGGAAAGGAGUUUUUUUCAUGCCUCAUAAUUCAAAGAGCGAGGGAAGGCAAGAUGGAUUCUGUAAGAUGUUCUUCUUUUUUAUGUGUGCUCUUUUGCACAAUCUUGUUUUCUUCUACUUAGUAGUAUUUGUAGAAAAUUUUCUGUUAUUUCAUGUUUUAUAAGAAGUUGAACUCGAAAUAUUUUCCUGUGAUUUAAUAAAGUGAGAAAUUAUUAGCAGACAUGGAGCUAUUUUCUUUGUAAGGUUUUUGAAUUUACAGGAAACCCUAAUUAAUGCUUUGUAGAAGAAUGAGAAAGGAAAACAGUGGAC